AUGGAUGUCAAGAACGCCUUUCUCAAUGGCGAUCUCACUAAGAAAAUUUAUAUGCAACCUCCUCUUGGUUCCUCAAUUCUGUCCACCAAGGUCUGUAAACUCCAUCGUGCUUUUUAUGGUUUGAAACAAGCUCCCCAUGCCUGGUUUGCCAAGUUUAGUUCUACCAUUAGUGACUUUGAAUUCUCUUCCAGUGCCUAUGAUUCUGCUCUGUUUAUACGAAAGACAGAGCGUGGUGUUAUUCUUCUUCUUCUCUAUAUUGACGAUAUGAUCAUCACCGGAGAUGACACAGUAGGUAUCUCUAGUCUCAAACAGUUCCUCAGUCGCCAGUUUGAGAUGAAAGAUUUAACUUUGCUUAGUUACUUUCUCGGCUUGGAAAUUUCUCAUGAUUCUUCUAGUUACUUUCUCACCCAGGCCAAGUACACCUCUGAUCUCUUGGCUCGUGCUGAUCUUACCAAUUGCAAGACUGCUCCUACCCCAAUUGAUCCUCAAACUCAUCUCACACCUCUUGAUCGUCAGUUGUUGUCUGAUGCUACCUUAUAUCGUCAGCUAGUUGGCAGUCUUGUUUAUCUCACAAUUACUUGUCCAAACAUUGCCUAUAUUGUUCACAUUGUCAGUCAAUUCAUGGCUGCUCCUCGCUCUCUGCAUUAUGAUACUUCGGUUCGCAUUUUGCGCUAUCUGAAAGGAACUAUGUUUCAUGGUUUUCACUACUCAGCACACUCAUCUUUACAGUUACACUCAUUUUCUAAUGCAGAUUGGGCAAAGGAUCGUAUUGAUCGCCGUUUCACUACAGGAUUCUACUUCUUCUUGGGUGACUCUCUCCUUGCUUGGUGUAGCAAGAAGCAAACUCUUGUUGCUCGUUUUAGUACUAAGACUGAGUAUCGUGCUCUUGCUGACACUACUUAG